UUCUCUCUUGCUUUCUCUCUCUCUCUCUCUCUCUCCCUCCUUUCCCCCUCUCUCUCUCUCUCUCUCUCUCUCGCUCUCUUUCUCUUUUCCUCGAUACAUUCGUGCACAACGUGCGUCGUCGGCCCUUUCGAUGCUCCUCAAAGUGUACAACACGCAGAAAGACCAGAUACAGAAGAAAGCCAAGCUAAAAGAUAUUUUCUCGUCGGAUUUUGUCGUAAGAGGAUGCAGACCGGGGAAGACAGUGACGAUGUCGGAGGGAGAAGUACGUGGACUUUGUUUGAAGUCCCGUGAGAUUUUCCUUCAACAACCGAUAUUAUUGGAAUUGGAAGCACCUCUUAAAAUUUGCGGUGAUAUUCAUGGUCAAUAUACGGAUUUAUUGCGGCUCUUCGAGUACGGUGGCUUCCCACCUGAGGCUAACUACCUGUUCCUCGGUGAUUACGUUGAUCGUGGAAAGCAAUCGCUCGAGACCAUAUGUCUUUUGCUAGCCUAUAAAAUCAAAUAUCCAGAGAAUUUCUUCCUGCUGCGCGGGAAUCAUGAAUGUGCUAGCAUAAAUAGGAUAUAUGGAUUUUAUGAUGAAUGCAAAAGGAGGUAUAACAUAAAGCUUUGGAAGACAUUUACCGAUUGCUUUAAUUGUCUACCAAUAGCUGCAAUUAUCGAUGAAAAGAUCUUCUGUUGUCAUGGUGGCCUCAGUCCGGAUCUUCAGAGUAUGGAGCAAAUCAAAAGGAUCAUGAGACCCACCGACGUACCUGAUACUGGUCUUCUUUGUGAUUUACUUUGGUCUGACCCCGAUAAAGACGUUCAGGGUUGGGGUGAAAACGACAGAGGUGUGUCAUUCACCUUCGGUCCAGACGUCGUGUCCAAGUUCUUAAAUCGACACGACAUGGAUUUAAUAUGUAGAGCUCAUCAAGUUGUCGAAGAUGGUUACGAGUUCUUUGCUAAGAGACAAUUAGUCACCCUUUUUUCUGCUCCUAAUUAUUGUGGAGAGUUUGACAAUGCUGGUGGCAUGAUGAGCGUCGACGAAACUUUGAUGUGCAGUUUCCAGAUCUUGAAACCUUCAGAGAAGAAAGCAAAGUAUCAAUACGGUGGUAUGAAUACCGGCCAAGCAGGCAGACCAUCUACACCACAAAGAAAUCCUGCGAAAAAGAAAUGACAGCCUUCUGAUCCGAACGAACAAUUAGUAUUCUCUUUAUUGACAGUGCUGAAAGGUAAGGUUUGUCUAUUUACGAAAAAAGGUCGUACAGAUCCGACGGGACGAUAAUUUUAAUCGCAGAAACUUGUAAGGACUUAUUUUCACGUUUUUCAGCAUGAAGACGUCGAGCUCGAUCUAAUCUAUCCUAAUCCGUUAAUAUAAAAGAUAAAGUGUGCGUAAGAUUACUCUUACUUUUUAUGUUGAUUGCAUCUUAACGAGAUAAGCGGUGUAACUAAUUCACAAACGAUACGAUUAUUUCUUUUUCCCCCUCUUUUUUUUUCAUCGAACUAGGCGAGACUCGACGCCUACGUUCUAUGAAAAUAACUUGCAUUUUUCCAUACUGAAGAUAGUCCAAGAUAUAAUGGCGCAGAGAAAUAUAAGAGACAGAUCAACUUUAUUGCAAUAACUUUGUUGUUUGUUUUCAAUUAAUUUAUUGGAGAAUUUCUCCUACGUUAUUUUCCAAUUAUAAUACAUUAUAAAAUGAUAUAUUAAAUAUUUUUUUAAAUAUAUAUAUAUAUAUAUAUUUAUUUUUUAUUUUUUUUAUAAAUAUAUAUUUAAAGUUAUUGCAAAUAAAUUGUGUUAACAA